AUGAUGACCUUGGGAUACGCAACACUUGUCCGCGGCAUCUUGUACACUCCCAGCAACGCUGCAUUGCUCUGGAACUGGGCCGACACGCGCUGUCUAGAUGCAUUUCCAGAGUCAUUCGUAGAUCCCGCUUUCGUGGCAUGGGCAAUGAUGGCGUUCGGGAGCGGCUUGGGGUCGAGUGAGUAA